AGGUUUAGUGUGCGGGUAGAUGCGCGAUCUUUCGGUGAAAUUACGGUGUAGAGACAGGCUUUGCCACAAAGAAACAUGGACUCUACGUAGAAGAAUGCGGAUAAAGUACCUACAGUAGAUACUAUUUACAUACAGUGAAUCGGUGAGGAAAUUAGCGGUUCAAUGCUUCUGUACUUACAUCCCUGUCAAGUUGGCUUGACCCCAAAUUUUCUCGUAUGGCAGAGAUUUCGGGGGAUUAUUCACCAGUACCUUACAAUCCAUCAAUCGGUCUGGGAGUGUUGGUCUCAAGGAUACGAAAUGGCACAGAAAGGGUGACUGCAAGGAAAUAAAGUAUAAAGAAGUGGCAUCUGCUGCUAUGCUAUACGGCAUCUCCAGCAUCACUCAUAUCAAGUUCUUUCUUCAAUCCAAUCACUGAAAAUGAAGCUCCAGCUCCUUGCCCUCUUGCCUACGGUGUAUGGCGCAAUGCACAUCAACUACUACUCCGACACAAACUGCAAGAAUUGGAUCGGCCAGAAGGACAUUGGCAGUGGAUGGGGAGAGCAGACUUUCGCGUCGCCGCAAGGCACACAUAGCGCACUGUCAGUCGAGCUUAAUUAUAAAUACCAGGUCCGAUUCUACGCAAAUGGAAACCCUGGAACCCAGUACCUGAGGGGGGAUGGUCAAUGCUGGGGAACAACGGGCCAGUUGAUCACUCAUCUCGUCCCAUGGUAGGAACAUACCGUGACUCGAAGUCGGUAUUGUUUGAUCGAGUGGUUGGUCUUCGGGGAGGUCCAAAAUGAAAGUGGUAACGACGGUUCGAAAUAUCACUGCGUCGACAAGAUUUGACAACCCGAGCUAUAACUGUACUAUUUAAUCUAAUGUAAUGAACAC